AUGCCAGAGGCGGUAAUGCAAGCUCUAAGCUGGAAACCGUAUCAAAGCAGCUCUAAAAGUGGACAGCGUGACCCCAUACUGGAUUCCAAACCCUCUCCUUCCACACAGAAUCACCAACCACUGAAUGUCGGAUCAUUCGUGCCUCGUUGCUUACGUACCAGAGUUCUGACAGGCAGUCGGUGCGAAACUGGGCAUACAAAAACAAACACGUCGGUGUCAUCUCAUACAAUCACAACAGAAGAAGUAAAGCGUCUGGCACUGACUCUGGGUCCGGAACAGGGUCCAGCGGCUUUCCCAUCUCCACAGACUGCUGCCAAACG